AUGUCUUCGCGCGAAAAGGGAAGAGGGCGACGGGGAGGAAGAGGUAGAGCACGAGCGACCGAGAUCAGUUCACCAGCACCUCUGGGAGAUAUCAUUGUCACAAUCCAGCACAAUGAAAUUGAAAGUCCGGCACCUGAUCAAGAAGAUGACAUAUCUCGAAUCACAAACAGUCAAUAUCUGACAUCCUACAACUGGCUUGGUGGGGACAAGAGCCGGAUAAUCGUUCCAGGUGAACCGCCAAAGUGGACGCCUCUGUCUAAUCCACGCAAGCUUCAACAAGACAAGGGCAAGUAUUAUCGUGAUCGAAAUGCCGCACAAUUUCCCACUUACCCUCUGGAGCCAAUGGUGCAAGCAAUCCUCGCAGAUAAACCCGAGUUCCCCGUGACCAGUGUGGACAUCAUUGGAUGCGGCAAUACAAUGGGAAACCUGCUACGUUUUGCACGUGGUGAUGGCAAGCCCUUCAGGAUCCUUGUUGAGGUACUCGGCAAGACGGUCUUCUUUAUCAGAAGGGAAAACUCGCCCACCGAAACGAUUCCCGGUAUCCGUGGGUAUGGACAUACUUUCCCGGAAGCAUACACCAGGUGGGGUCCAAAUGUGGACGGUUCCCAGUCCCAUCAACGGGUGGUGGAGUAUGAGUUUGCCGGCAUGCAGUGCUUGGUGCGUUACGAAGCGGAUGGCUUUUUGCCCGACCUGGUUCCGGAUCCCGAGGAAAUCGAAGAAGAUCCCGUUCCCGUUCCCGAUCCCAAGGAGGAGAGUAUCAACCCAGAGGAAAUGUUGCCUUCUAUUGAAGAAAAAAUAACUUCAGAUGUCCCCUCGGUCAGUACUGAAAUGGCAUCGAAGCAGCUCGACAUUGCAAUCCAAGGCCAGCGGAUCCCACAGUGUGCAGUCUUUGACCUAAAGACUCGAUCUCGCAGCAAGAGGACUGUCAAAGUUCUUGAGGAAGAAUUUCCUCGGCUGUGGCUUACACAGACUCCCAACUUCGUUCUCGGCCAUCAUACAUCUGGUCAAUUCAACCAUAUUCGGGUUCAGGACAUGCGAAAUGAUGUCAAGCAGUGGGAGGAGACCCAACAGCCAGCUUUGGGCAAGUUUGCCAGCUUACUCCAAAUGAUCGUUGCAUUCGCUAGGAGCGUGGAUAACGGAAAAAUUGAGAUUGAGCGUAAGGAGGGUGAGCAGGUUUUGAAUCUGAGAGAACAAGGUGGAGCUGUCAAUGGCGUUUUGCCCCCAGCUGUCGCAAGCAAGUGGGAUGUGUAA